UCACCUUGCAGCCUAUAGCAUUGCCAUAUAAAGACAUAGCUGUUCUCGUGUCAUUUCCUUCCUCAUUGAUUUGAAUCCACGCUUUGUAGUUUUACACUUCUGCAGGUUUGUCAUAGUCACUGCAUCUGCACGGCCAGACAUUCUCAGUUUGUCACGAUGGAGAGCAGCACACCCAUCUCUCAGGAGGAGCUGGAGGAGCUCAGAGAGGCCUUCGCUAAAAUCGAUGUGGACAACAACGGCUUCAUCAGUAAAGCUGAGCUGAAUGAGCUGUUCCGAGCAGCCAACCUCCCUCUGCCCGGAUACAGGAUCAGAGAGAUCGUCCAGGAACUGACCAAGACCAGCGACCAGCUCACAUUUGACCAGUUCACCGAGAUUGUGCAUGGUCUGAAGAGCACUGAAGUGGCCAAAACAUUCCGAAAAGCCAUCAACAAAAAGGAGGGCAUCUGCUCUGUGGCCGGGAGAUCGGAGCAGUCAGGAACACAGCACUCGUACUCAGAGGAGGAGAAGGUUGCCUUUGUGAACUGGGUCAACAAAGCUCUGGAGAAAGAUGACGACUGUAAACACGUGUUGCCCAUGGACCCGAACAGUGACGACCUCUUCACCGCUGUGGGGGAUGGCAUCGUGCUCUGUAAAAUGAUAAACUUGUCAGUGCCAGACACCAUCGACGAAAGAACCAUCAACAAGAAGAAACUCACUCCCUUCACUAUCCAGGAGAACCUGAACUUGGCCCUGAACUCUGCGUCUGCAAUCGGCUGCCACGUGGUGAACAUUGGAGCAGAGGACCUGAAGGAGGGCAGACAGCACCUGGUCCUGGGGCUGCUCUGGCAGGUCAUCAAGAUCGGACUGUUCGCCGACAUCGAGCUCAGCAGGAACGAAGCUCUGAUCGCUCUGCUGAGGGAUGGAGAGAGCCUGGAGGACCUGAUGAAACUCUCCCCAGAAGAACUGCUCCUGCGCUGGGCAAACUACCACCUGCAGGAGGCCGGCUGCUCCAAGAUCAACAACUUCAGCUCUGAUAUCAAGGACUCAAAGGCGUACUACAACCUGCUGAACCAGGUGUCUCCUAAAGGUGACGAGGACGGAGUGCCCCCCAUCACCAUCGACAUGUCCGGGCUCAGGGAGAAGGACGACCUGAAGCGAGCAGAGCUGAUGUUGGACCAGGCCGAUCGUUUGGGCUGCAGACAGUUUGUGAUGCCCCCUGAUGUUGUGCGAGGAAACCCCAAACUCAACUUAGCCUUUGUGGCCAAUCUGUUCAACAAGUACCCAGCCCUCAAGAAACCCGAGAACCAGGACAUCGACUGGAGCUCCUUCGAGGGGGAGACGAGGGAGGAGCGCACUUUCAGAAACUGGAUGAAUUCACUGGGAGUCAACCCUCGAGUCAACCACCUGUACACAGACAUAGACGACGCCCUGGUGAUCUUCCAACUGUACGAGCAGAUUAAAGUUCCCGUGGACUGGGACAGGGUCAACAAACCCCCCUACUCCAAACUCGGCAGCAACAUGAAGAAGCUGGAGAACUGUAACUACGCGGUGGAGCUGGGGAAGAAGGAGGCCAAGUUCUCUCUGGUGGGAAUCGCAGGACAGGACCUGAACGCCGGGAAUCGAACCCUUACCCUCGCACUGCUCUGGCAACUCAUGAGGAGAUACACUCUGAACAUGUUGGAGGACCUGGGCGAUGGGCAGAAGGUGAACGAUGAUACGAUUGUUUCUUGGGUCAAUCAAACUCUGACCCAGGCUGAGAAACCAACCAUCUCCAGCUUCAAGGACCCGGUGAUCAGCAGCAGUAUUCCCGUGUUGGAUCUCAUCGACGCCAUCAGACCUGGUUCGAUCCGGUACGACCUCCUGAAGACAGAGGACCUGACGGAGGAAGAGAAACUCAACAACGCAAAAUACGCGAUUUCAAUGGCGAGGAAGAUCGGCGCUCGCGUCUACGCUCUGCCCGAAGAUCUGGUGGAGGUCAAACCCAAAAUGGUGAUGACGGUCUUCGCUUGCCUGAUGGCGCGAGGAUACAAAGGCGCAUAAAAAAACAAACAAAAAAGAAGAGGAGAAGAGGAGAGGAGAAAUACGCAACAACGUGGCAACAGCAGAUACACAAGAGCAUACACGAGCAGAGAGGGGGCGCUAUGGAGCCACACGUCCUGGUUUAGGUCAAGAUUUAGAGCUUUUUAUAGAGGGGGUAUUAACAGCUCAACUCUUUAACUUGUUUCAAUCACCAUGUUACCUUUUAUUGUUUUGAAAAUGCUAUAUUCGCCCAAAACAACGUACCGUAUUUUCCGUACUAUGGGGCACACUUAAAAGCCUUUAAUUUCAUCAAAAAAACGACUGCGCGCCUUAUAAUCCAGAGAAGUUAUCUGUUUUAGUCCUGUUUUCAUCCUGGUUUAGUCCUGGUUUAGUUCUGGUUUAAUUCUGGUUUAGUCCUGGAUUAGUCCUGUUGUAGAUUUAAUUUGGUUUUAGUCAUUGUUUAGUCCUGUGUUUCGUCCUGGUUUUUGUCAUGUUUUAGGUUUAGGUUUUAGGCCUAGUUUUAACUUUUUAAAGAGGGGGUAUUAAUAGUUAACUCAUAACUUGUUUUCGAUCACCAUGUUACCUUUUACUGUUUUGAAAAUGCUAUAUCCGAAAACAACAUACCGUAUUUUCCGCACUAUAGGGCGCAUUUAAAAGCUCAUCAAAAAACGACUGUGCGCCUUAUAAUCCAGAGAGCCUUGUAUAUGAAUUUAUUUGGGUCUUAGUUCGGGUGUCUUACUACGACUUUAGUAAACUACAAAGCCGCACCACUUGCAGCAUUACAGCUCCCGUAGUCAGGAGCAUCAGGAGUAAUACAUACUGUGAUUCCUUUUAAUAUCAAAAUGCACCUGUUAAGAGACACGCUCACAACGCCCACUUUAAACUCAAGGCUGUUCUAAAGUGAAAGUGUGAGCUGUGUGGGAGCAGUGGAUGAGAGAAGGAGAACACACCUUCACCAAGAGAGAGAGAGACAGCGCCGAGCCACUUACGCCACGAUCUGCCAACGGAUCGUAGACGCCUGGGCUAAGGAUCAGUAUCAACUGUGGUCCGAGCUUUCACCAACACCAGAAUCAUCACUGAACUGCAGGGAACAGUAACCACACUGACUCAGAGAGGGAUGUGGGCAACAAAGUUGAGAGUUAUUGUGAGCACGUUAAAUAAAGUUUGACUGACUUAUCUAACUGUUGUGUUUCGUUUAAUGCGCCUUAUAGUCCAGUGUGGUUUAUAUGUGAAAAAAGUUUGAAAAUAGACCAUUCAAUGACAGUGCGCCUUAUAAUCCAGAGCGCUCUAUAGUGCGGAAAAUACGGUAUUAAAACGUUUUGCUUUUGACGCUAUGACUCUUCCCUCCUUUGCUCUCUGUACUAAGCCACUCCCCCUUCAGAGCUCUAUCACAUUAUAAUCAAGCGUGCAUGAAACUACUUCACAUCUCAUAGUUAUUGUGUACGGUUUUGAAUCCUGCGUUUGUAUAUUUAUGAAAAUUGUCGUACGUUUGUGGGCGGAGCAUUGGACAGAAUGGUUUGAAUAGGGCCUGGGAGAGAUUGCUAAAUUAUUCAAACAUGCAUGGAUAAUGUAUAAAACCUCUUCAGGCGUGUUUUAAUAACGGAACAACAUUAUAUAACAUGGUAGAAAGAUCGAUUUUGCAGAAUACCCCCUCUUUAAGUCUGAGUUUUGUUUUAUUUCAAGCCUGAUACUUCAGUGUAACGUAACUUCUGUGACUAGAUACACAUUUCUUGGAUAAUAAAAUACUGGAAAAUGAAAUGUAAAAAUGGAAAUCUUAAAGAAAAAAAGUUGCCAUUUGUGAAGUAAAUUAGGGACUUUUUGUUACACAGCUCUAUAAUAUGAUACAGUUGCUUAAACAGAAUAUACAUUUAAAAUCACAUUACAUUUUCAGUUGGCAGUUGUUGUUGGCUCUUGAAUUAUUUUCAUUUUUUAAUAAAAAUCUGGAAAAAACUA